AUGUGGAAUCAGCUGGGAGCUGCCAUUCUCCUGGCCACGGUGCCGGUUUACGGGGCUACAGAUUCCUCGAAUCCCCUUGACCAGGGCAACAGCACAUCACCAUGGCCUAACUCCGUCUACUCAAACGGUACCGAUAGCAACCCCGUGGUCGUCGCAGGUUCCAAAUCAAACCAAACCUCUCCUCCGUACUACCCAUCGCCAUGGGGUGAGGGACUAGGGGACUGGGAGGCCGCGUACGCUAAGGCUAGAUCAAUUGUCAGCCAGAUGACCCUUCCAGAGAAGGUGAAUCUCACAACUGGUGUUGGUUGGGAGCUCGAACGUUGCGUAGGCCAGAAUGGUGCCGUACCCAGACUCGGAAUCCCCAGCAUGUGCAUGCAGGAUUCUCCCGUUGGAGUGAGAGACACCGACUACAACUCGGUCUUCCCUGCAGGUGUCAACGCCGCGGCAACCUGGGACCGUACAUUGGCUUAUAGCCGUGGACAGGGGAUGGGCUACGAGCAUAAACACAAGGGUAGCAGUGUUCAACUGGGUCCAGUGACUGGUCCUUUGGGACGUGUGCCCGAGGGUGGAAGAAACUGGGAAGGUUUUGCGCCUGAUCCUGUACUUUCGGGUGUGUUGUUUGGUGAGACCAUUUCGGGUAUCCAAUCGCAGAAUGUUAUUGCCUGUGGAAAGCACUUUAUCGGCAACGAGCAGGAGCACUUCCGCAGUGCAGGAAAUGGCUUCCUGUACCAGGUCAAUGAGAGCUACAGUGCCAAUAUCGACGACGUGACAAUGCACGAGUUGUACCUUUGGCCGUGGAUGGAUGGCGUGCGCGCUGGAAUGGGCUCUGUGAUGUGCUCUUACAACCAAAUCAACAACAGCUAUGCCUGCCAAAACAGCUAUGUGCUCAAUAAGCUGUUGAAGGCCGAGUUAGGAUUCCAAGGCUUUAUCAUGAGUGAUUGGAGUGCGCAGAUGUCCGGUGUUGCUAGCGCAUUAGCUGGUCUCGAUAUGACAAUGCCUGGUGACAUCGAGUUCGAUUCCGGUACAUCUUACUGGGGAACCAACUUGACCGUUGCAGUCUUGAAUGGCACUGUUCCCCAAUGGCGAGUGGACGAUAUGGCUGUCCGUAUCAUGGCGGCCUGGUACUACGUUGGCGUGGAAAACAACUAUGUCCCCAUCAACUUUGAUUCUUGGACUCUCGAUACCUACGGAUACGAGCACUACUACGCAAAUGAAGGAUACGGAGUGAUUAACGAACAUGUUGACGUCCGAAACGGCCACGGAGCCUUGAUCCGUCAGAUCGGCGCUGCUAGUGCAGUUUUGCUGAAGAAUGUCGAUGCGCUACCCUUGACUGGCAAAGAGAAGUUCACUGGUGUCUUUGGAUCUGACGCAGGUCCAAAUACAUAUGGACCCAAUGGAUGCUCGGACCGUGGAUGUGAUAUGGGUACAUUGGGCUGUGGAUGGGGCAGUGGAAGCGCCAACUUCCCAUACCUGAUCACCCCAGGCUUCGCUAUCGAGAAUGAGAUCUACAACAACGGAGAUGGCAUGUACCAAGCCGUUCUUGAUGACUAUGCCUACUCCGAGGUUGAGGCUGUGGCCGCUCAGGCAUCCGUAGCCAUUGUUUUCGUCAACGCUGACAGUGGCGAGGGCUACAUCAGUGUUGAUGGAAAUAUCGGCGAUCGCAACAACCUGACCAUCUGGCAUGACGGAGAUACUCUCAUCCAGACCGUCAGCGCACAGUGCAACAACACCAUCGUGGUCAUUCACAGCGUUGGUGCAGUCCUCAUGGACAGCUUUGUCAACAACGACAACGUUACAGCCAUCAUCUGGGCCGGUGUUCCCGGCGAGGAAUCCGGAAACUCCAUUGUUGACGUGCUUUACGGCAAGGUCAACCCCGGUGGCAAGCUACCAUUCACCAUGGGCUCUUCGCGUGAAAACUGGGGAACAGACGUCCUCUACGUGCCUAACGCCGGCGAAAGCGCACCGCAACUUGACUUCACCGAGGGACCCUUCAUCGAUUACCGCGCCUUCGACAAGGGAGGCGUGACUCCUCUCUACGAGUUUGGCUUUGGAAAGAGUUACACCACAUUCAGCUACUCCGACAUCACCAUCACGAAGCACAACGUCGGCAAAUACAGCCCCACGAAAGGCUCUACAUCCGCAGCUCCGGUUCUCGGCAAGGUUUCCACCGACAUUUCAGACUACACCUUCCCAGAAGGCUUUAAGCAGGUCCCCUACUUCAUCUACCCAUACCUGAACUCCACUUCCCUGAAGAAAUCAGCCGACGACCCGUACUACGACACUGCCUCUGUCCCUGCAAACUCCCAAAACGGCAACCCGCAGCCCCGUCUUCCUUCCAGCGGAGUGGGUGGAAACCCUCUCCUCUGGGACGUUCUGUACACCGUGACUGCAAAGGUCACCAACACAGGCAAGGUCGCCGGUGAUGAAGUUGCCCAGCUGUAUGUGGGGCUCGGAGCCCCAACCGACGCAAUCAGACAGCUUCGUGGAUUCGAGAGACUUAGCAUCGCACCUGGUGAGACUGCUACCUUCACGGUUGAUAUCACUCGACGUGAUCUCUCGAACUGGAACACCGUAACCCAAGACUGGUUCAUCUCAGACUACGCGAAGACUGUCUAUGUUGGCGCCUCUUCGCGGAACCUUCCUUUGAAGGAGACCAUCUCUGGAGCUUCGGCUUUCAACUAA